AUGAAUCAGAUCACAAUUCAAUGGGAUGUGGUAAUAGCUCUUUAUAUAUUCUUCAACUGGUGUCAUGGAGGAAUUACAAAUAUAAACUGCUCUGGACGCAUCUGGGUAGAACCAGCCACAAUUUUUAAGAUGGGUAUGAAUAUCUCUAUAUAUUGUCAAGCAGCAAUUAAGAACUGCCAACCAAGGAAACUUUAUUUUUAUAAAAAUGGCAUCAAAGAAAGAUUUCAGAUCAUAAGGGUUAAUAAAACAACAGCUCGCCUUUGGUAUAACAACUUUCUGGAGCCACAAGCCUUUGUGUACUGUACUGCUGAAUGUCCCGGAUAUUUUCAAGAGACACUGAUAUGUGGAAAAGACAUUUCUUCUGGAUAUCCACCAGAUGUCCCUGACAAAGUAACCUGUGUCAUUUAUGAAUAUUCAGGCAACAUGACUUGUACCUGGAACCCCGGGAAGCCCACCUACAUAGACACAAAGUAUGUGGUGUCCGUGAAGAGUGUAGAGACAGAAGAAGAGCAAGAAUAUCUCACUUCAAGUUAUAUUAACAUCUCCACUGAUUCACUGCAAGGUGGCAAAAAGUAUUUGGUUUGGGUCCAAGCUUCAAAUGUACUGGGCAUGGAGAAGUCGAAACAAGUGCAAAUUGACCUGGAUGAUAUAGUGAUACCUUCUGCAACCAUUAUUUCCAGGGCUGAGGAUAUAAAUACUACAGUGCCCCAAACCGUAAUCCACUGGAAUAGCCAAACAUCAGUUGAAAAGGUUUCCUGUGAAAUGAGAUACAAGGCUACAACCAACCAAACUUGGAACGUUAAAGAAUUUGACGCCAAUUUUACAUACAUGCAACAGUCAGAAUUCCACUUGCAGCCAAAUACUAAGUAUGUAUUUCAAGUAAGAUGUCAAGAAACAGGUAAAAGGUACUGGCAGCACUGGAGUCCACCCUUUUUUCAUAAAACUCCUGAAACAGUCCCCCAGGUCACACUGAAAUCAUACCAAUACGAUACGCAGAAUUCUAAGCUUCUACUUGCUUCCAUCUUUAAAGGACACCUUACUUCUGACAACAGGCAACAAGACAUUGGGCUUUUAUUGGGAAUGGUCUUCUUUGCCGUUAUGUUGUCAAUUCUUUCUUUGAUUGGGAUAUUUAACAGAUCGCUUCGAACUGGAAUUAAAAGAAGAAUCUUAUUGCUAAUACCAAAGUGGCUUUAUGAAGGUAUUCCUAAUAUGGAAAACAGUAAUGUUGUGAAAAUGCUACAGGAAAAAAGUGAAUUUAUGAAUAAUAAUUCCAGCGAACAGGUCCUAUAUGUUGAUCCAGUGAUUACAGAAAUAGAAAUCUUUCUUCCAGAAGAAAAACCCAUGGAAUACAAGAGGCAAAAGAAUACAGGAUCCCUGGAAACAAAGGACAGCCUGCGAAAGUCACUACUCGCCAACACUACAGUUGUGUAUAUUCCUGAUCUUAACACUGGGUACAAACCCCAGAUUUCAAAUUUUCUCACUGGGGGAGACCGUCUCAGCAAUAAUGGUGAAACCACUUCCUCAACUCUGGAACCACCAGCUGAUUCCUUAAACCUGGGAAUGAAUGCCAGGUUUAAAAAACAUCCUAAUUUCGCUUUUUCUGUCUCAAGUAUGAAUUCGCUAAGCAACACACUAUUUCUUGAAGAAUUAAGCCUCAUUUUAAAUCAAGGAGAAUGCAGUCCUCCAGACGUGGAAAAUCCAAUAGAGGGAGAAACCACCAUGCUUCUGGAAAAUGCAUCGCCAAAUGAAACUAUUCCAGAACAGACCCUGCUGCCUGAUGAAUUUGUCUCCUGUUUGGGGAGCAUGAAUGAGGAGUUACCAUCUAUUAAUUCUUAUUUUCCACAAAAUAUUUUGGAAAGCCACUUCAAUAGGAUUUCACUCUUAGAAAAGUAGAGCUGUGUAGUCAAAAGCUGCCUUGCUUCGGAAGAUGGCUCUCUCCCUCAACACAAAUUUAAUUGUCCCAUUUUUUUUAAUUGGAGAAUUAAGACCCAAAGAUGGAACAUACUUUAUGGUCACAAAAGCAGCAGCAAUAUUAGGGAUGCCUCCUAUAUUUUAAAAAAUGUAUCAACUAUAUCUUUGUAAGUUUUCUUCAUUACAAGGCACAAAACAGAUCUCUCUGUUGUAUGAAGGAUAAAUAAUACAAAAUAUGUGGUAGUGAAAUAACUGCUGAAAAUAGUUCUUUAAAAUAGAGUAUUAGUACUCACUUUCAAGAGGAAGAGCAAGUUUAAUUUUCAUUUUAUUACUUAGUGUUCUCUUCGAGUAGAUAAAAAUAUAGCCUACAAACAACAAAAUAGGUAAGGGAUGCAAACAGAGGAACAAUUAAUUACAUGUGUACUGUGUUGGGUUUUUUCCCCACUACUUUCUAUUCAGAUGUUAAGAAUUCGAUCUUCCUUGUUUUGAUUUUGGACUGAGAGAGCUGUAAAAGAGUGAUGUAUGGAAAUCGUGAGAUAGCAGUCUUCUUUCCAGUUAAGAGUGAUGGCAUUGUUCUCCUGUGGUGUAGCUGGUGUAUUAAUUACACUGUAGUAGAUUUAUCGAGGUAGAAGAUGCAGGAUCAACAAGGUGUAAUUAUUUCUUUAGUAUUAGAUAUGUCAGAAAAUUAUUCUUAAAACAGGUAUUUUUUCCAAAUCUUGGAUGGCAAUACUCGCCAUACCUGUCACUGCCCCGUAUCUUAUGUCUCCUGUAAACAUCACCAACUCAUCACCACGCACCAUUCUGCUGAGCCCUAAGGUGGCCUCAGAAGCCUCUCAACACAGUGCUCCUGAUGGCCGCAGUCAGUAAAGGCUGGGACUAAGGAUGAACUCCAUCUUCCAACCAGAUCAAUAUUGGAAGUGGGUGAUCUUAAAAAUAUAAAAUGCAUAUUUUAAUCUGAGAAGUGGUACCUAGCUGAUUUCUCUAUUAUGAUUAAUUUUUACAUCAAGGGGAAAUUUUCUCUAAUGAUCAGAACAAUUUUAAAAUUGAUUACCCAUUGAAUUUUUCUUCCUCUUCUAACAGUUGUCAGCAACAAUUUAUAUUCAGAUUAAAUAGUUUAAUUUUAUUAUAACAAAGCAGUUAAUCAAAACAGGACCAGUUGUUAGCACAUGAGCAAGCUAUUGACUUUUGAGGAAAAAAAAAAACCCAAAAGCGGUUUUGUUGUCAUUAAAUGUACCCAUGAGGAGGAUGACCAUACAUCGUGGUUUAUCCUGGUUUUUGUCUGUUGUCCCAGUGUUAAUUAUGGCCAGUGUGCCUUGUGCCUUUUCCCUCUCAGAGGCAUCCCUUUGGGUGAUAAAUCAUUUGGUCACUCUAUCUAGAAAGACUGUUAAAUGUCCAACAUAUAAAUAAUUUAUCACAAUUUAUCUCUUUUUUUUUUGACAAUUAUUUUACUUUCUAUCAUUUACUAAAGCCAUUGUGCUCCAAAAUGAACAUUACUAUUAGUGUAAAAUAUGUACCUCCUGCUGUGAAAUUCUAUUCUAUUUACACUGAAAUAUGUAUAUAUUUGUUAUACUUUACAUAUUCUGAAAGGUGUAUAUUUUAAAUCACUAAUGAAAUGCUAAUAUUAAAUUGCCUUUACGUUAUUUUUAUCCAAAGGGAGAAUAUAAUGAAGCAAAGAGGCAGAUAGUAUUUGAGAUAGAAACAACAAAAGACCAAGAUGCAUCUUUGAUGUUUACCAAUCUGCUAAAGAUAUCUGUUAACAAGUAAAGAAUAUUUUCAUAGUGUAUUUUAGUAUAAUUGUAACCUGCCACACAUCAAAAACUUUUGUCAAGCUUAAAGGAUUGCAGCAUUAUUUGAUCUUCUGAGUGUGUUUUCAAGGCAGUCAAUGCCUCCUUUAGAACAUCUCCUUCUUGCCCCCUGGAGCAGGAAGGGGCGCUGCUUUCUCUUCCUAUGGUGUCUUCCCCACAUCCACAUCACAUUAAGCAUGGAGAAGACACUUUUAGUUCCCUCCAUGCCAUUGGCCCUUGUUGGUCCCAAUGGACUAAAAACUGAGGCCAUACCUAUAACCAGAGCAAUGUGCCUGCCAUUGUCCCAACUCAGGGAGAAUUUCAACUGCUUCAUCACAGUGCAGCCUUGCUAAGUGGCAAAGGGUUUUCUUUCUAUGAUUCUUUAUUUAACAAGUAUUCACUGAAGUGUCGAAUGCCCCUACUAUGUGUAAGGCACUUUGAACUGAUAUAGAUGUUAACAAAACCAGCCAGAUCCCUGCAGCCUUGGAGCUUAUAUUCUAGAAGCAAGAAGCAGAUAACAUAUGGAAUCAAACAACUGCUCUUCAGGGAGUUUUUGGUGGAGAAGGGGUGAGGAUAGGAGAUAGAGAGAGGCAGGAAAAAAUAAAGGAAAAAGCCAGAUAAUGAGUGCCAUGUAGAGAGGUAAAAUGGGAUAAUGUGAUAGACAGGGACUUGGUGGCCACUUUGUGCUGGGCAGUCAGGGAAGGUGUCUCCCAGGAGGGGACCUGGGAGAGGUCUGCAAUCUGAAUUGCAGGUAGGAGCUACAUGUGAGAAUCAGCUUGCCACUGAUACGUCUCCUUUAUAGACGAAUUCUCCAGUAGCUAAUGUCUCUACUUCUUUCCCUCCUGGACAAGUUGCCCCUAAUCCCAGUCCUCUGCCACCUUUCACUUCCUCAGCCAGAAUUUUCUGUAGCUUUAGGGGACAAGUUUGUAUCUUUUCACCUUUCCAUCUAGCCCUUGGGCUUAUUAUUAACUUUCUCUGAGUCUCACAAUCUUUUUAAGCCGCUGCUUCCUAAAUGAACGUGUCAUGCUUAUUGGUGUGGGUUGAGGAGGAAAAAGAAAGGGAGAGAAAAAGCCCCUCGAGAUAUCACUGAGAGAAAAGAAGGGGAGAGAAAUAUAAAGAAAGAAAUGUAGGUUAAUAUACAGUGAAGCUGAAGCAAAAUGGAACGCCUUGGUUCUGGACAACACUGGAGCUGAUUAAGGGACAACCAAUUUUCUCCUGUUCUUAUAUCUUCUUUGCCCCCUACCUCCGUUUUCUUACAAAGAAACAAUACGGGGAGGAAUUGAAGUACAAUUUGGGGGUAUCUUCUUGGUUUAUGUGUGUGUGUGUUUUAACCUUUUUUAAAUUAGGAAUUUAUUUUUGCAAGAGUUAGAAAUAAUAUUGAUCUAUAAGAGGGCUUUAGGGCUUCCCUGGUGGCGCGAUAGUUAAGAAUCUGCCUGCCAAUGCAGGGAACACAGAUUCAAUCCCUGGGCCAGAAGAUCCCACAUGUCGUGGAGCAACUAAGCCCCUGUGCCACAACUACUGAGCCUGUGCUCUAGAGCCCGUGAGCCACAACUAUUGAGCCCACGUGCUGCAACUACUGAAGCCCAUGGGCCUAGAGCCUGCACUCUGCAGCAAGAGAAGCCACCGCAAUGAGAAGCCUGCACACCACAAUGAAGAGUAGCCCCCAUUUGCUGCAACUAGGGCAAGCCCACACGCAGCAACGAAGACCCAACACAGCCAAUAAAUAAAUAAAUAGAUAAAUAAAUAAUAAAUAAAUUUAUUUUUUAAAAAAAGAGGGCUUUAGAGUUCUAACAUGAGGUUCUUGGGUAACGUGGGUUGUUGUUUGGCCCUCCUGGUUCAGUCAGAAGGUGUUCCCAGCUUCUUUUCUUUCCUUAUAUUUUUAGUCCCUUUGACAUAGAGGCAGCCAUGACUAUGGCAUAGGGCAGAGGUUUUCAAAAAUCAAUUUUAGCGACUGAUCCCCUUUCUCCAAAUGAAAUUUGUUGCAGAAGCCCCAAGUAUAAAACAAGUGAAAGCAAAUCUUCUGUUGAAACACAGGGUGAAGUUCAUGACUAUCCCUGCUACCUCUCCUCCGUAGCUGCUGCUGAAGCCGCCUAUCCGUCCACGCAGUAUGAAAACCCAAGGCUGGGGAAUCUCUAGUCCACACCUGGGUGAUCUGGGUCCUAGCCUAGCCUUGAGAAGCCUGCACCGCAGGAUUGUACUAAACUCUCCAUCUCAGCCACAAGGCUGCCACCCAGGCAAAGUGGACUGAACUCCCUCGAACCUCCCUACACUCUAAAUGACUCUGUAUAAAGCUUUCUCUCGGAGACUGCUAAUAGAGGUGGUACUAUAUGCAAUGAUUAACUUGUUUCUCUCUAAUUACUUCAUCAUAAAUGUCUGGGUUUUGUUCAAGUUUAUGUUCUUUUUGUGAUCGCUAAGAAUAAAAUAUUGUGUUGUGAAUAUAAUUAGAUUUUAUGAACCCAAAGACUGCCAAAUUGCGCUGCAGUUUCUCUCUUUAUGAAGUAAUUAUACCAAUUAUAGAAAGUGAUGUUUUAAUAGAAAACGUUACCCACUUGGCAGACACUAUUGAUUUAAAAUAAAAGAAGUGAUUAAAAACAAUUUAUGGAACUCUCUUGGGUAAAAGCAUGAAACCAAUAUAAAAUAAUUGGAUUCUGAUUCAUGGAGUGGAUUGUGUGCAGCUU